UAGCAAGUUUCUAUCUUGUUUACAUGAAGCAUACAAGUGUAGCCCACAUGAUGGGUGGACCGGCCUGCUCUUUCGGUUGGGUCAUCUACGAGGUGGGGGACACCUGUUGCACGGCUUGGAUGUCCCAAACACGUGCCAUUUUGACAUGGUCGAAACCAGGCGGUUCUCCCAUAUUCAAGAUAGUGUCAUCAACACCACGUAAAACUGCUUCUGAUGACUUCCUAAACUCCGACAGCGAGAAAAAUGAUUAUGAUUGGCUUCUUACGCCACCUGGUACUCCCCUUUUUCCUUCUCUGGAAAUGGAGUCAAACAAAUCCACCCUGGGUCAGAUUGUAACCCCCAAAGCUCGUCCAACUGCACUGAAGUCUAGGGUACAAUUCCCAUUGGUGUUGGGAAGCUUAACAAGUUGGAGAAACUAUACUUGGAUUCAAAUGGAUUAUCAGGACAAAUUCCAUCUUCCUUGGGCAACAUCACCAGAUUGUACCUACUCAGUUUACAUGAAAACAAACUAUCAGGGAGCAUACCUUCAACUCUUGGUAAUUGCAUAGACCUGAACUUCAUACUCCUCUUCAAUAAUAACUUUAGAAGUACCUAACCCGAACAACUUUUCAGCAUUCCAUCUCUGCUUGAUCUCCGAGCUCAAGAUAACUUUUUCACUAAUCAGCCACAUGAAGCCAGUUACUUGCAAGCUCUUGAAAUAUUCAGUGUUUUCAAUAACAAAUUAUCAGGCGAAAUUCCAAGCUGGCUAGGCAAUUGUCUCAGCCUAGAGUAUCUCGGGUUGGAUGGUAACUUCUUUCAAGGAUCAAUUCCAUCAACAUUUAGUACUCUAGAAGGCCUUCAAUACCUGGAUCUUUCACGCAACAACUUAUCUGGGAAGAUUCCAAGAUAUCUGGAGAAGUUUUCUCUAGAGUAUCUAAAUCUAUUCCUCAAUAAUUUUGAGGGUGAAUUACCAAAACAGGGGGUCUUUGGAAAUGCUAAUUGAAUUUCAGUGCUUGGAAAUAGUAAGCUUUGUGGGGGUAUUCAUGAAUUACAAUUGCAUCCAUGCUCUAGCCAAGCUUCCAAGAAACGGGAGAAGCCUCUUGCUUCGAAAGUCAAAGUUCUCAAUAAUUGGUGUUAUCCUGUGUCUUAUAUCAUUAUUGUCUUUCUUUACCACUCUUCAUUGGGUAAGAAAGUCGAGAAGGAAACUUUUUUCUGUGCCUUCUGUGGAGGAUCCUUUUAUGAACGUCUCUUAUGUGGAGCUCUUCAAAGCAACAGAUGAGUUCUCUCUUGCCAAUUUGAUCGGA